GUAAUUUGUUGCGGUGAUAAUGCACAACCUCCGCCAUUCUUCAGAGAAAUGCCACAUAAUUGGUUAAAAGAGCAUGCUGAUUAUUAUGAAGAAGUUUUAACUGAUUAUCGUGCAAAAUGUUCUAAGUUACGUGAACUUAAAAAAGCUAUGUAUCGUAUAUUAUCAGCACAUCACCUAUCUCGAAGAAUUGCAUCACAAAAAUGCCUUAAACUCUAUCGUAUUAAAUAUCCAGAUCUACCAGUUCCACUAAUAUAUAGGCCAAGAGAUGGACGUAAACAAACCUGCCUCGUUUCAAUUUCUGGUUCAUCUGAGAAACAAGAACUAGUAAAAAAUGAUAUA